AUCUCGUAGAAGUUGCCUCAAGAAGCACGGGGCUGGUUUCUAGUUGCACUAGAGCAAUAAUUUACUUACGAAACUAUUGUAGAACACAGGACAGAACUUCAAGUCGCAAGUGUCUCGGCUUUGCCGGUCUCAUCCACCUCAUGUUCAAAGUCACGAGAGCGACGAUGCGCCUGUCUCCGGACAUCGUUGGCGAAGCUCCUGCAGAAGCAUCCUCUUUUGCUGAACAGAACCGCGAUCUUCAUGAAGGAGAAAGGACGACGAGGGGCGGCCUCGAGGACGUUGGAUCGUCAGCAACAACUGUACCGGCCGCAUCGGCAUCUUCACGGAUCACUCACCACGCAGGACGAGUAUCAGCCGGUCGCACACCACUAGAAAUCGGAACGUCGCCAUCAGCUCCCUCAACAUCAUCCGCCUAUUCAUCCUCCUCCUCGGCGGUGCAAGUUCACCAAGGGGAACAAGUAGCGAAACAAACCCGAAAUAAAUUCGAAAACGCUUUUUCCCAUUCCCACCUUCACUUGCACGUGAUGCCGGUGCCUCCCGGCACAGAAGAACACCUGGAAGAGGCUGCAGCCGCCGCCGCUCACGGUGAAACGCACCCCGUCCACUUCGGAACCAACCACCACCCGUCACCAAGUUGGGACCUCUGCGGGGUGACCCGACCGAUCGUGGGUCCGUUGAACAUUGCUCACCUCUUCGUCCUGUCCUUCCUGUUUUUCUGCUUCCUUUGCUGUCUGUGCCACCUGAACUGGCGGAGGUUCCCGGCAAUCAAGAACUUCCUCUUCUCCAUUGGCUGGGACAAGUUUCAGGCGAUUGAUUUGGUGAUCAACGUGCACAGUUUGAAGAUGCUGAACCCCCACCCGGAGGACAAGGGGGUGUAUAGCGUGAAAAUCAUCGCUGGGGGCAAGGACUACUGGACGCCGGACAGCAAAAACGGGGUCAUUGAAAAGCCGCUUGACGUCAGGAUAUUGCAGGGAUACAGAAGCAUCGUGAUAGAGGUACUGGAAAUUAUGAAACAUCGAAAAUGAUAUCAGACGCAGUACAGUUAGUUUGCCCACUGCUGCAUGUGCUGCAAAAUUUUUGAAAAGUUUUUUUGAUGAAAGAACAGAAAUGGUUUUAUUUGUUGAGCAUCAAAAGUUAAAAUCAAUCUCGAUGAAUCCUCAGGUUUGGGUCGUCACGGGCGGUUUAUUCCGCACGAAGCACCGUAUGGCGCACCGGAUACUGGAUGUGAUGGAGAUGGUGAUUGCCCGUCGUUCCUUCGGCUGCGUCCGCCACGAGGCGUUUUCGGUCGUGAAAAAAGCGGACGGCAGUGCGAUUACGGACAGCUUUCAGUCGGGGAAAGUAGUGCUAAGUAUCCAGUACAAGGCAGACGUGGACAAGCAAUCUUCCGACGAGAUCACUAUCAACUGUAAAAAUGUCUGGGUCUGGAAACUUGUGAUGCUGAGUGGCGUAGCAUGAGGAGGCCACAAGUGCUGGCUCACCAUGAGAAGUUUCUGAGCUUGUAGGUGUUGCCUAUUCUGCAUGACAAAUUGCGUCUCCGCAUGACAGAAAAAUGCGGCUCUUGGGCAACAUGCAUGACAGAUUUAAUAGUCAUGCCAGACAAGCAUGACAAACAUGCAUUCUUCCAGACCCAGACAUUUUUACGGUUGAUAAUCACCAGGCUUGAGCAUUUCAUCGAGCACCCGAUCAGCGCUCCGGUCGCCGCGGAAGUGAGCUAUGCACUGUAAACCUGUCUGGGUCUGGAAACUUGUGAUGGAAGGAGGGGAAUACGAAUAGUGAGUGCCCUGUAAUGCGCUGCCAAGCAUGUUUGACAAGUUAAAGUUUUUCCGUUGUUCGGAGUUGCGUAACCCGCAUGAUGAGAAACUCUGUUUUUGCAUGACAGGCAGGAGAAGCUCUUCGCGGCAACGCGAUACAGAUCUCAGAGUCAUACCAGACUAGCAUGUCGAGGUCGUUGACUACAAAAAGUAUACUGUCGUUGGAGAAAAACUUGAUCUCUCUCUCUCUCUCUCUUGAAAAGCUUCAGCUGCACCAGCUAAGCACGAAGAAGAGAUAAAAUGCUAUUUUUUCUUUACAAAUAGCAACACGAUCUGAUGUCGUUACCGAACUUUCUCGCAGUUUUAGCUCGAGCGCGUUAGUGCUUCGGACAUCACCGCUCCACCAAACGCGUCGAAAUCCACCGUGCGAGAUUUGUAGUUAAAGAAAAAAAACAUGAAGAACUACGAAAAAGAGUUACUUAAAAAUAUCAUGGAUGACCCGGACGAUAGCAUGCACAUAAUCAAUUUUCUCACAGGCAAAAUAGAAUUUCACUGCUGCGCUUCGGACGCGGAAGAGGGACUAGUGCCGAGCCGGGCCCGAAAGCAUCAUCGUCAUCAGUACUUCGCUUGAUCCUUUACUUAUUAUUGAUACCACUUUAUCUUUAAACAUUCUGAAGGAUUUUCAAUUUCAAUACAACUUAGCUUACGCUUUCAUUUUCUUUUGUACUAGCUGAAAAGAAAUAUUUCGGUCUUAGGGCACAUACUACACUAGCAAAUAUAUGUCUUAAAAUGUGCUUGAAGUGCUGACGCUUUCAAGCGAAACAUCAAAAAAUCGAAGUAAAUAUUUUCUUUCAACAUCUUUGGUUUAAGGGUAGGGUAAAGGGUUUUAGGGAGGUAGUUGGGCGGUGCAGGGUAUAACUCCGUGUUUUCCUGCGUCUCCCGGCGGCGUCAGCGUACCGCUACCAGAGCCUCGGCUCAGGUGGCGCAGGCAGGAAGGGCAAGAAGAGGAGUCUUGCUUAGGACCUGUCAUUUCUAUAGCACCUGUUCUGACGCAGGGAAGGGCAAGCAGAGGCGGCUUGUUUUGGACCCUGUGGCUAUGCGGAGGCUGAUCGAAGCACUACGGAGGCGGUAGUAGUGCCUGGUUCUGAAGCCAGGGGUGAUUGCGGGUCUCGGCUCACUUUCUCUCAGGCAACUCCCCAGGUCUGUUGGUUCACCACUAAAACGGGCGGUGUUUCUCCAGAUCUUGGUGACAACCGGUUGAGACACUGGCUGUCAGCUACUUACAAGCAGGAAUAUAGAUAGUACGUUAGACAGUAACUCGCUCGCCUGAAGAAGCGAGCACACAAUUGGUUUCUUGCACAUGCCUUCCUAAAUUUCCAGGACGACUUGAAAAUUCUUGACAGGGCUGUCGUGCUUAUUUUCUAUUAUUAUUUUAAUUUUUUCUACGUGGAAAAAUAUCCUUAUCUGUUGUGUUUUGUAAUGAAGAAGAAAUGUUUUCUCACAUGAGAAUUUUUUGUGCGGGCGCGACUGUUUUUGUCAGUUUUUUUUGCGCGGCCGCGACUGUUGGCAGUUCCGGGGAAGCAAGCGGGGGACGAUUUCGGGCGCGUUCUUCGCAAUUCGGACGUCGUGUCCAGCCUGGCGCCGUUCGUGAUCGUGCCCCUGCUGACAGUCCGGAUGAAAUCCCACUGGGGGCGAGCGCUGCAACGUCGGCGAGGCCUCUAGCCCGCGGCACGACGUUCUCCCCGAGCCAGGAACAGAGCACACGACAUGGCGGUCGUCGUUCCGACGUGGCGGCGGCCGAGCACGAUCCUUGCCCCCAGCCCUACAUCUUCCGCAUCCGUGUGUCGCCUAUGGGCGAAUGGAUUGAGCGGGACGAUCACGCGCGAGUGUGGGAUCCACAGGUCCCGUUUCACGAAUUGACAUGCGUGUGCACGUUGGCGCCUUGUGGUACUUCGUCCGGAGCAGGGGACGACACCAGCCCGGGGCGGGGCAGUUCUGUUUCACCCCGCUCAGUCGGAAGGACAACAAGAUACCCGCCGCGCACGUACAAGCUGUGCUCCAGCCCACUAGUGAUUGACUGCAAACUGCGGGAGCCCCAAAACGAGUUCAUUCCGGUCCCCGGGGAUAGGUCGAAACGUGGUUGGAAGUGCACUAGGAUGUCCCAGUUGCGGCUGAAUAGCGCGAGCUCGUCAGUUUCCCCCGGCGUCACGCUGGACCGCGUCGCCAAGUUCUGUGUGGAUCAGGGAAAGAAGAUGUACACGCUACCUCCACGGCUCGAAGAUGCGGACACGGCGAGCGACUCGGAGCCGCCGUCGAGCCCCGAGACCACGACCGAUCGGGACGAGGAAGACUCGGAUGAUGACCGAGACCGCGCAGGCGGGCGGCGUAGGUCCGCGCACCACGCGAAGACAAUGGCCCUGGCCCGCGCAGCAAGGAGAGGACACGCCCACCUGAGGCCAACGCUAGUGGCUUUUCCGUUGUUCUGUUUCAGUGACAAGUUUUUGAAGCAGAAGCCGUUCCUGGUCUCCGGGAAGCACGGGACGCGACCGAUUUAUCACGACGAGCUGCGGACAUACAAGGAGGCACGAUUCUACGAGAAGCACGCCAAGAAUCCACCAAACUGGUACAGCAUCUGCUUCGUUUCCCGUCUGCGGUUUCCGGAUAGUACAACUACAGGCACCUCCAGUGUACGUCGAGAACCGUCUAGUAGUAGUACGCAACAGCCCUGUGUGGAAACACUUGUCGUUUGUGACGGACAUUUUCAGCUGCAACCCUACCACCCGGCCGUGUCGCUCGGAGACCCACAGAGGGCACUACUUGGUGCGGGCCAAAGCGCCAGUUGUCUGGAGGAGCCGGAAGAAGACGUUGCCGAAAUGUUGGAGCAGCUGAUGCUGCGCUGGCGGCGGUUCACCGUGGACCCAGAGGAGGGAAAGGACGAGUUCCGCGGGAUUAAGGCGGACCUGAACGUGUUUCUUGAGGAUCUGUGUCAGCACCAGGUGGAACAGGACGGCGGUGCUUGUUCCGCCGACUGCGUGCAUCCCGACGCGUGCUUUUUGCACUGCAAGACCGAAACGAUCGUGCAUGCCAUGGACGGCUGGAAGGACCUGUACCGAUUGCGGACCUCCGACAGUGUGGAGGGCCGAACGAUCAAAAGCAUCUGCCAGGGGAAACGGCUACAACCUUUCUCCGGUGUCGAUGAAGCUGUGGCCACCACGACGGUUGCCGGUUCGGGUUCCACUUCCUCAGGAGGGAUGGAGCAAUCUACUUGUGAACAACGACCUGCCGGCACAGAGGCAGGCCCGCAGAAGCACGUCCGUCGCCGGAACGAGCGGCUACACCGCAUCCAGACGGAGCCGCCGAGUCCGCUUAUUUGGAAAUGCCGCAAGUUUUGCGACGAGCGGUCUAGGCUCCGCACGAGGACCGCGCGGCGCAGCGCGCUGUACUGGAACGACCCCAAGUUCGUGUCAACGCGGUUUCGGGAAGAAGCCGCAAUCCUCGGCCGAGCCACCGCCCAGUUCGACAGUCAAAACAUCCGAAUGCCGUUCCUGCGGGGCGCUAGUGGCUUGGUGCCCCGUGCAGGCCCCGCGCAGCCCCCAGUUACUUCGUCGCCAGCACCUGCUGCAGCUGCCCAAAGAAGAAGAACUACAACUGCGGACGGAUCAUUUCCAUUUGCUGCGUCUUCCACCAGCGCGCAAUCAAGAACUAGAAACACCUCCGCUCUUCCGGAACUGUCGAAGCGUCUCUGUAGUAUCGAGGUGGCUAUUAUUCCCGUCGCGUGCGGGGCGAGGACGGGAGAGGACCCUGUCCUGGUUUGCCUCAUCCCGCUGCGGCACACCCUUCGGAAGACGCGCCCGGCUCUGCAGGCGCCGGCUGGAGAACGGGUUCAGCAGUUCGCAGACAGGGGAACUUCUGCCACCAAGACCGUUUGAGGUUGCUCCACUAAGCUAUAUCUGCGGGAUUAUUUGUACUAGUUCAUCCUGUCAAAGUACUUAGGUUUUUUUUUUUUUCUGCGGUUUUCACUUCCCCACAGCUCUCUGACCCAGACAUAUUUGCAGUUGAUAUGAGCAAGCACUUGGCGACGAUGAAGGAUCUGAAGGGAAACGCGGAGUACGAAGCGGUUUUGAAGAUAUUGCGCCAGUUGUUGCAGGCGCGCGUCAAGUGGGUAUCGCGGUUCGGAAUACCAAGGACGAAAUUUGCAAACGUGUUUCAAAAGAAGACAAGCGCCGGGAAACUGAAGUGGCACUUCGGAAUCUUCCACCGGGAAGCAGAUAGGCUCUCGAAUGAUACUAGUGACGCGAAGGUAUUAACUACAAAGGUGCUGCAUUCUGGUGCUCUGCUUGUUUGGUCGUUCCAUAGUACGAUGCGAAAAGGGAAGAUGCUUUUCCUUUUCUGCUCAUGAUAAUUUCAACCAACUUUUUGAAAUACGAAUAACAGGUACUGUGCAGCAUCCUGACCAUAAGCGCGGUGGUAACCGAUCCGAAGCAUCCAAACUACGUUUGUCUGCGGUACUUGACCAGCAGGAAAGGAGGCAACGCCGUCGAUCUGUACUUUCAAAUCAUUGACUCGCCAUUAUGGAUCGAAGCCAUGCACCUCUUCAUCGAGGUCGUCAGACGAAUGAGGAGACAGGCGCACGGAGCGGUGGCGAAUGUGUGAUCGGUUUCUACACUAGUACACCUCUUCUUUGUAUGAAAAUCUUGAUUCUUUGUACUACGCACCGUUCUUCGAUUGUACAGUUCAACACGUCGACUUGAAAGCAAUGUACUUAAAACCUUCUACGUAACACUAGAACAACAUUCUGAUGAAUCUCCAAUGUUGUACAAAAGCGAUAGGACGACCGAAUAAAACAAUAUAAUAACCCUCCUGUUUCCGCCUCCUGUUUUUGUGUUCCUUUUGUACACCGACGCCGUAUGGAGAAACAUGAAGACGACCCAAACUAA